AUGGCUUGUCAUCCUGAAAUCAUACAUCGUGACAUAAAGGCAGCAAAUAUUCUUCUUGAUGAUAAGUUUGUUGUGAAGGUUGCAGAUUUUGGGCUCGCUAAGUUUUCAUCAGAUACUAAAAGUUAUGUCUCCACUGCCGUAAAGGGAACUUGGCGUUACCUGGAUCCAGCGUAUCUUAGAAGUGAAAAGCUCACUGAUAAAGCAGAUAUCUUCUCCUUUGGGGUAGUACUUUUGGAAUUGAUUACUGGACGAGUACCUAAGCGUGAUACUGAACUCUUGUAUCAGUGGGCGAAGCCUUUGGUCAAGCAAGCUUUGGAAAAUGGCAACUUUCAUGCUCUUAUUGAUCCAAGGUUGCAGAAUGAAUACAAUCCUAGUGAAAUGCGUCGAAUGGUUGCCUGUGCUGCUGCUUGCGUGCGUAAUUCAGCCUCGAAUAGGCCAAAAAUGAGGCAGAUAGUUCGAGCUUUGGAAGGAAAUCUUUCUCUAGAAGAUCUAAAUGGGGGAAUCAAACCUGGGGACAGUGGAGAAUUUGGUUCCUAUGGGAGCAUGAGUUAUGAUACCAACCAACGUAAUGAGGACUUGAAGAAAUACAAUAAAUUGUUACAGGAAGACCACGAGGAAGACACUAAUGAGCAAAGCGAACCUAGUACAAAUUAUGUGUCUGCUCUGCAGACUGCACGUUGAAGGGGAAUACUCG